AUGACGGUCCUUAGCUUCCCUGACCAUCUGGGGAGUGGUUCCAUGCGGCACAAGGAUAAUACUUACGUUUCCAGUUCUGAUAACGAUGAAGACGUGUUAGUUACAACAGAGCCAAUUCCAGUAAUUUUCCACCAAAUCGCUACAGAAUUAAGAAAAACCAGUGAUGUCAACUGUUGCUUAUCCAUAAAAUCAAAAUUACAGAGGGAGAAUGGAGAGGAAUCACAGCACAACAGCACAGUUGAAGAAGACUCUGAAGGAGAUAAUGAUUCUGAGGAAUUUUAUUAUGGAGGACAGGUUAGCUACGAUGGAGAACUUCACAAGCACCCACAGCUGGAGGCUGAUUUGACAGCAGUGAGAGAGAUCUAUGGACCUAAUGCAGUAUCUCUCAGGGAAUAUGGAGCCAUUGAUGAUGUAGAUAUUGACCUGCAUAUUGAUGUUAGCUUUCUUGAUGAAGAGAUUGCUGUGGCUUGGGAUGUAAUUCGCACAGAGCCGAUAAUAGUGCGAUUACACUGUUCACUUACACAGUACUUACAUGGUCCAGUGCCAACUGUGGAUGUAUUUCAGAUCUCUACUAAGGAAAGAUUUGGGCUGGGACAUCAGCUGAAAAAAAUCAUGCAGACAUUUGUUACACAACAGUGGAAGAACAGCAAAGAGAAAUCUAAUUGUACGCACAAUAAGAAGGUGUCUGACAAAAAGGUGAAAUCCCCUCUGCACAUCUUUUCUACAUUGCGCAGGUCGCCAAGUUAUCCUCCACCUGGCUGUGGUAAAAAUAAAUCAAAACUGAAAUCAGAACAGGAUGGCAUCUCUAAAACUCACAAGCUGCUGAGAAGGACUUGCUCUAGCACAGUGAAGACAGAGGAUGUGUGUGCCACAAAAUCUCACAGAACCUUUGGUCGCUCGCUGUCGAGUGACCCUAGGGCUGAACAGACAAUGACUAUUAAAUCGCACAAACUGUUGAACCGUUCUUGCUCUGCAGCCGUGAAGCAGGAGGAGUGCAUCACUUUAAAGCCCCAUAAGUUGUUAAGUAGAUCAUGUUCUGGGGACCCUCGAUGUGAGCACAACAGCACCUUGAAGCCCCACAAACUUUUAAGUAGGUCCUACUCCAGUAAUCUUAGAAUGGAAGAAUUGGAUGGAUUGAAGAAUCAAAAGUUACUCAGCAAGACUUGCUCCAAUGCCCCUAAAUCAUCCAAAAUGGAGCCUUUCAAGGAGUCCAACAUAGCUGAGAGCAGGAGGCUCUCUCUUACCUCAGGGCUUAUUGGUAUCUUAACACCAUCUUCAUCAUCACCCUCACAAGCUGCUCAAAAUUAUGGUGCAAAAUGCAUUCCAGUACAAGACCGUGGCUUUCUUGUGCAGACUAUUGAAUUUGCUGAGCAGCGGAUACCAGUGUUGAAUGAAUACUGUGUAGUUUGUGAUGAACCCCAUGUGUUUCAGAAUGGCCCUAUGCUGAGGCCCACAGUUUGUGAACGAGAGCUCUGCGUAUUUGCUUUCCAAACAUUAGGAGUGAUGAAUGAAGCUGCUGAUGAAAUUGCAACUGGGGCUCAGGUGGUUGAUCUGUUAGUGUCCAUGUGUCGGUCUGCAUUAGAGUCACCUCGGAAAGUUGUCAUUUUUGAGCCAUAUCCUUCUGUAGUUGAUCCUAAUGAUCCUCAGAUGCUGGCCUUUAAUCCCAGGAAGAAGAAUUAUGACCGAGUCAUGAAAGCAUUGGACAGUAUCACAUCUAUUAGAGAGAUGACACAGGCACCUUACUUGGAAAUAAAGAAGCAGAUGGAUAAACAAGACCCACUUGCACAUCCUCUUCUACAAUGGGUUAUUUCUAGUAAUAGAUCACAUAUUGUGAAGCUACCGGUGAAUAGGCAACUAAAGUUUAUGCACACUCCCCACCAGUUCCUACUUCUCAGCAGUCCACCAGCCAAAGAAUCCAAUUUCCGAGCUGCUAAAAAUCUCUAUGGAAGUACGUUUGCAUUUCAUGGUUCCCACAUUGAAAAUUGGCAUUCCAUCCUGAGGAAUGGCUUAGUUGUUGCUUCCAAUACGAGGCUGCAGCUCCAUGGUGCAAUGUUUGGAAGUGGAAUCUACCUUAGUCCAUUGUCAAGCAUAUCAUUUGGUUACUCAGGGAUGAACAAGAAGCAGCAGAAGGUGUCAGCUAAAGAUGAACCAGCUUCAGGCAGUAAGGGCAGUAAUACAUCACAGUCACAGAAGAAAGGACAGCAGUCACAAUUUUUGCAAAGCCGUAACUUAAAAUGCAUAGCCUUAUGUGAAG